AUGGAAUCCCAGAAUCCUAUGUCAACUGCUAAUCAACAUAUUGAACGAGACUGUCAUCAGAGUCAACGUAAACGACAAUCAUGGAUAUAUUAUAAUAAUUCAUGCUCAGAUCGUAAUUAUUCAGCAUUGUCCUCUUCCGUAAAACAAGUUGAUCUCAAUCAUUUUUGGUCAGAUGCAAUAAAAACAAAAAGUUUAAAUACAAGUCAGCAUGGUCCGGCAAAAUUGAAAGUAAUCGAUUUAUCGCCGCAGAAAACUAUUCAGAAGAAAGCAACGAGUCGAAAACCACCUGCCAAAAAGUUAACUACUGGAAAACCGCGAGAAACAAUUUUGAAUGCUCAGCCAACGAACAGUCGUUAUAAAAAUAUGGAUUUAUCAAAUUUAUUGGAUAUGAACAAUAAUACUAUGUCCAAUGUCAUGUUAUCAAAUUCAUCAGUCACAGAAUUAUUUCCUCUUUCUAAACAAUUAAUAGAAAAAGUACAGAAGAGAAAAAGAUCUUUAUCUGCAAUACCUCGAAAACGUCGACGCGAUUCGUUUUCAUCGGCUGAAACAUUGUGCAGUGAUACUACAUCGCUAUCCUCAACAGAUUAUCCAGUAGAUUGGAAUACAUCAAUGGAUCAUUCAUUAUCAAAUGAUGACAAACGAAAUAAAACGGGUCAUUUUAAAUGGAGUGAUGAUGAUCAAGAACAAAAUGAAAAAGAAAAUAAAUCUGAGUUUAAUACAGAUCAAGAAUCAUCAGUCGUUGUGAAAAAAACUCCACCAUCAAGGAAACGAAAACGUGUAACUACUCAAUAUAUAUCUAAAAUCCCUUGUUCAAUUUGUAAAUCGUUAAUAUACUAUUGGCAAGAAUCAAAUUGUUUACCCCGUACGAAAUUGGCUAUAUUUGAACAUGAAAAACAAAAAGAUGAACAAGAAAAUGUGAAUGAUUUAUGUUGGCUUCAUAAAAAUGAGAAUAAAUAUUUUUGUUUUGCUUGUUCAACAUUUACAAAAAGUAGAAACGAAAGUGUCAAUAGUAUUUUAUCAAAUAUAGGUAGUAAAAAACAAUUGGAAAAACAUGAAUAUGCAAAUGAACAACAUAAACAAGCCAUGUGUAAUUGGGUUGAACAAUUGGCUAUUGAUUAUCUAAUGUGCCAUCCAAAUGUAGCCAUGAAAGUUAAAUCAUUCAGAUAG